AUGUCACUCCCGGGCCUCUCGCUGCCGGGGCUGUCCAUGUCGGCAGCGCCGCCGCCGUCGGCCGCGGACGUGCUCGCGCCGUCGUCGGCGCCGCGCACGCAGGACCUGGCGCCGGGAACCGAGUACCGGUUCGAGGUGCCGUUCAACGCGACGCUGACGGUCAAGCUGCUCAACGGCACGGCCGAGUGCUUCGGCACGGAGCUGGCGUGCAACGCCAAGGAGCCGUACCUGUUCCGGGCGGGCACGAAGGCGGCCAUCUUCACGUGGCACGGCUGCCGCUUGCAGGUCGAGGGCGACGUCGAGAGCGAGUACCAGGCCGAGGAGACGCCCAUGGUCGAGUACGCAAACGUGCACUUUGCGCUCGAGCGGCUGCGCGACGCCGUUUCUACGACGCAAGAGAUGGGAAGCGGCGGCGAGAAGCCAAUUGGCCCGCGCGUGCUGGUCGUGGGCCCGGAGAACGCGGGGAAGACGAGCUUGGUGCGCCUGUUGACGGCGUACGGCGUCAAGAUGGGUCGCCAGCCCGUCGUCGUCAACUUGGAUCCCAGGCAGGGCAUGCUGAGCCCGCCCGGCUCGUUGGCCACGGCCACGAUGGCCAGUGUGUUGGACGUCGAGGAGGGCUGGGGCAGCAGCCCCAUCAACGGACCCAGCCCCGUCCCAGUCAAGAUGCCGCUCGUCUAUCACUUCGGGCUGGGCAGCCCGGACGAUAACCCGAAAAUGUAUCGGGGCUUGGUGACGAGGCUAGCGCUGGCGGUGACGAGCAGGCUGGGCGAGGACGAUGAGGCCAGAAAAUCAGGAUGCAUUAUUGACACGCCCGGCGUGCUGAGCGUGGAUAAGAAGGGCGUGUAUGAGAAUAUACAACAUGUUGUUUCGGAGUUUUCAGUGAACGUCAUCCUCGUCCUCGGUUCAGAGCGCCUAUACAGCGAUCUUUCCCGCCGUUUCUCGCGCCCCGGCGAGGAUCCGGUCCAGGUGGUCAAGCUCGACAAGUCAGGCGGAUGUGUCGACCGCGACGAGACUUACAUGAAGGCAUUGAGACAAACGCAAGUCCGGUCUUACUUCUUCGGCCAUGGCUCCACCACUCUCAGCCCGCACACGCAACGCCUCGACUUUAACUCACUCCACAUCUUCCGCACAGUAGACACAUCCGCAACCAAUCCUGCAUCAUCCUUUCUUCCCGGUGGCGAGGACGACGACACCGAGUCUUCCGGACGCCUGUAUGACAGAAUCAAGCCGUCGCUCAUGAUACAGAACGGCUUACUCGCCAUUACGCAUGCCGAGCCGUCGGACAGCUACGAGCACAUCCGCGACAGCAGCGUGGUAGGAUACGUGUACAUUGCCGACGUCGACGAAGCGAAGCAAAACGUCAAACUGCUGGCGCCGCUGAGCGGCCAAAUCCCGCGAAGUGCCAUGAUUUUGGGCAAUUGGCCGGAGGACGUUGCUGGGCUGGUGGGUUGA